AUGGGCGAAGCGGUCGUGAUCGUCUUGAGCUUCGUCUUGCUCUUGGCCUUACUCCUUCUUUUCAUCCUUGCAGAGCUCUACUACACGCUCGUCCUCAAGUCCCGCCUCCGCCUCCCUACAGCAGCUCCGACAGCCGUCCCGCUGGUCCCGGCCGCGGACUCGCCUCCUCGCGCAGAGAUUCCGUUGUCCAGUUCGCCGACGGCUUUGGAAGAUGUCCCGAAGCUCUUCCCGAACGGUCUCUAUGCGCCGGGAGUCUUCACGAACCCCGGAUUCCUCUUCUCCAUCAAGGAAGAAACGCUUAUGGAGGAAGAUCCCGAGUCUCCCUGUUCCUUUCCGACGAACCUCCAUUUCAUCGGCCUCCUCCAUCCGUCGAAGGCCGCCACGACCGUCACUGCUGCUGCCGAUCGCACUUCGCCGUCUCUUCCAGUUCCCGCCCGAGCGAACUCGUCCGGAGACGGCGGCUUCGUGUGCAUUUCGAACCCGAUCUACGAGGUGUCCGUGACUAUCAGUAACGACACGACUCCUUUCGAGACUCCGGUUUCCUCUCCGUCCAAGCUGGACGGAGUCGAAUCUCCUCCGUAUUCACUUCCUCUGCUUGCUGCAGAAGCAGGAGAGGACGUGAUUACCCCGCCGCUUACACCGAUGAAGCUUCCGUUAAUGGCUUCCUCCGUCCACCUGGCCGACAAAUCUCUGGUCUCGUCGUCGUGCUCCGACUGCUCGUCCUCCGAGUCCGUCUGCACCUCGCCGUCGUGGUAA